AUGUUCAUCAAGGUUGAAAUUAGUGUUUGCUUUAAGGGUUGCUUAUACAAUGGAAAGGAAAUAGCAGUGAAAAGACUACCAAAGUACUCAGGACAAGGCAUAGAAGAGUUCAAGAAUGAAGUUGUAAUCAUUGCUAAACUUCAACACAGGAACCUUGUGAGGAUUCUUGGUUAUUGCAUUCAAGGAGAAGUAAAGAUUGGCUAUAUGUCUUCGAAGUAUGCGAUGCGUGGACUAUUUUCAGUGAAGUCAAAUGUAUACAGCUUUGGGGUUUUGCUACUGGAGAUUAUUUCUGGCAGAAGGAACAAUACUUAUUAUCACGAUGAUCCCUCCUCAAACUUGAUUGGGCAUGUUUGUGAGUUAUGGAAAGAAGGCAAGGCCAUGAAAAUAGUUGAUUCAUCACUGGUUGACAAAACCCCUGAUAAUGAAGAUGCAAGAUGCAUUCAAAUUGGGCUUUUGUGCGUGCAAGAAUAUGCAACAGAUCGGCCAAACAUGUCAGCAGUCGUUGCAACGUUGGGUUAGGACACACCUCUUCCUUCUCCACAACAACCUGCAUUUGUUUUGAAGGGUAGUAACCAUGGGAAAGACACAUCAACUAGCGAAGGAGCCAUUUA